UCGAAGACCGGCGGGAAUUCGCGAGACUUGAGAUCCAACAUGGCCGAAGCCGAAGUGGAGAAGCUUCAGCGGCACCUGAGCCUGCUGCGGCAGGAGUACGUGAAGCUGCAGAACAAGCUGGCCGAGGUGGAGCAGAAGUACAACGCAGCCGCUGCAGCCUCCGGGGACCUGGGGGAGGACAGCUUUGUGGCACGGCUGCUCAAAACUGUCGCAGAGCUCUUUGACAAGGAGCUUUACAGUGACCUGGUGGUUCACCUCGAUGGGAGGGAAGUGAAGGCACACAAGUUUGUUCUGGCAACUCGGAGUAACUCCUGGGGGGUCAACGACCUCGCAGAGGUCAACUCUCUCGAUUUCACAGGCAUUCCAUAUGAAGUGGGCAUGACGCUGAUGAAGUGGGUGUACACAGAUAACGUGGAGCUGGCCGAGCAGGACAGCGUCAUCCUGGAACUCAUGAGCGCAGCCAGCAAGUACAAACUGGAUGGGCUGAAGGACAGAUGUGAGAAGGCUCUGAUGUCAUCAGUGAAUGUUCGGAACUGCAUCCGGUUCUACCAGACUGCAGAGGAGAUCGGAGCAGAGGUCCUGAAGGGGUACUGCUCAGAGAUCAUCUCCAAUCACUGGAGUGACCUAACCAGUGAAGACUUUGUUGGCAUGGGUGCCCCCCUGCUGUAUAAGAUGUUUAAGACCAAGACGGACCACCCUCUGCACGCGGCCAUCAGAAACCAGCGGGAAGACGUCGUUUUCUUGUACCUUAUAGAGUACGAUGCACAGCUCCCCGGUAAGCUGAACGAGGUGGACAACAGCGGUGACCUUCCACUUGACCUUGCCCUGUCCAAGAGACAGGAGAGCAUCGCAAAGACAUUGGUGACCCACAAGGUCAAUGUCGACGCCAAGGACUCCACCGGACAGUGCUUACUGCACAAGGCCAUCAGAAGAGGUGAUGAGUUUGCGGCAGAUUUCCUGAUCACCCACGGAGCAAAGGUGAACCUGACGACCCAGUCUGAUGAGACCCCCCUGCGCUUGACAGCGGGGUACAACCCGGACUUCACCCCCCAGGAUACCAUAGAGGGGAUGGCCAGGGUCAAUGACCAGCUGCUGGCUAACGGGGCCAACCCUAAUGCACAGGACAACACUGGCAGCACACCCCUUCAUCGGGCAGUGGAGUCCAGAAAUGAGAGAGCAUUCUCCUCACUUUUACAGCAGAGCAACCUUGACCUUGAACUAAAGAACAAUGAAGGUCAGACAGUCCUAUGGCUGGCGCUGGAGUCGGCUAAACAGGCCAGUAGUCCUGACAACCCCUUCUCAGACAACAGCCCGUCAACGGAGGAUGUGUAUGGGGAGGGAAGUUAUGCUGCGAGGCUCAUCAAGGGGGGCAGCAGUGCUGAUGCUGUCAACCCACACACAGGUGACAGCCUGCUGCACCUGGCAGCUAGAGCAGGAAACGAAGAGGCUGCGUUGUUCCUGGCUUCUUACGGGGCAAACCCCAACCACACCAACAAUAGGGGAGAGACUCCUCUGCACUGUGCAGCCCAGCAGGGUCUGUCUCGCCUGGUGGAGAAACUGUUACACAUGGGAGCCAACCCCAACAAACAGACCCUCCCUGUCCUCAGCACCACAGGCACUCAGGCCUUCACUGAUGAUGGGGAGUUUGGGGAGUCUGAGGGGUACAACCACACACCCCUGCACCUGGCUAUAGCUAACCAACAUGCAGAUGUGGUCAACAUAUUUCUGGAACACAAAGCAAAUGCCCUAAAUGACAGCAGUGGACUUCAGGUCAUUCCAGACUUCAAUCUAAAAGACUCAGACGAGCAGACGGUACUAGGGCUGGCCCUGUGGGCGGGCAUGCAUGAUGUGGCUGCCAAACUGUUGGGUGCAGGAGCUAGUAUCAACUACAGGACCUCCGAUGGGAUGACUCUGUUACACUCAGCUGUACAGAAACAGGACACAAUAAGUGCACUCUUCUUGUUGGAGCAUCAAGCAGAUAUUGGUAUUAGGACCCAGGAGAACGAGACCCCCCUGCAGCUGGCCAUCAAGAGACACCUCCCCCUGGUGGUGGACGCCCUGUGCGUGAGGGGGGCGGACUUGAACUCUGUGGACGAGGAUGGGAACCCCCCUCUGUGGGCAGCUCUGGAGAGUGGACAGGAAGACAUCGCUUCUACACUGGUGAGACAUGGCUGUGAUGCCACGUUCUGGGGCCCGGGACCCAACGGCUGUGAGCAGACUCUGCUGCACAGGGCCAUCGAUGAGAACAACGAGUCUGUGGGCUGUUUCCUCGUAAGAAGUGGUUGUGACGUGAACAGCCCCAGGAGACCUGGCCCUGGGGGGACGGGGGAGGAGGAGUCCCGAGACAGACAGGCCCCCCUGCACCUGGCCUGCUCCUGGGGUCAGGACAUGGUCACACAGUGUCUCAUCGAGCACAACGCUGACAUCAAUGCCAAGGAUGCGGAAGGCCAAGCGCCGAUCCACGUGGCCAUCAUUAACCAGAGUCCUGCCAUCAUCUCCCUGCUGCUGGCCCACCCCAGCGUGGACCUCACCGUCAAGGACAGGCACGGCCGCUCGCCGUUCGCCACCGCCAUGUCCUGUAAGAACAACAAGGCUGCACAGGCUAUUCUGGAUAGGGAGCCUACUGCAGCAGAGCAGGUUGACAACAAGGGCAGGAACUUCCUUCACAUCGCCAUCCAGAACUCAGACAUCGAGAGCGUACUGUUCCUCAUUAGUGUGCACGCCAACGUCAACUCCAAGGUCCAGGACGCCUCCCAGAUGUCUCCCCUGCACCUGGCUGUGCAGGCGGGGUCAGAGAUCAUCGUCAGGAACUUGCUGUUGGCAGGUGCGAAUGUGAAUGAUGUGAACAGCCAGAAGCAGUCAGCUCUGCACAUCUCAGCCAGUCUGGACCAGUCUGGCAUCAGCAGUGUGCUGCUGCAGAAUGGUGUGGACUUCGAUGGGCAAGACGACAGCCUCAACAAUGCUCUCCACAUUGCUGUACACCAGGGUCACCUGAACACAGCCAGAACCCUGCUGACAGAGUCACAGAUCAACGCAGAGGCCAUGAACCUCAGGGGACAGAACCCCCUGCACGUGUUAGCCCAGUACAGCAAGGACAACGCGGCGUCCAUCUUUGACCUGUUCCACACCUCCAUGCCGGAGUACCCACUGGAUGCUCCUGACGCCGAGGGCAACACGGCGCUGAUGCUCGCUUACAUGAACGGGAACGGCGGGCUGUGUCGGUCCAUCGUGAGGGCUGGUGCCAAGCUGGGCAUCAUGAACAAGCAUGGCGUUUCCAUUUUUAACGCACCUGUGGCAACCAAGCAGCUGCUGUACAGAAUAUUGGACAUGUUGUCAAAAGAGCCCCCAUGGUGCGAGAGCCAGAACUGCAUGGAAUGUAUGGCUAAGUUUGGGGUAGCAACAAGGAAACACCACUGUCGACACUGUGGACGUAUCCUGUGUGGGAAGUGUUCCUCCAAGAUGAUACCCAUCAUCAAAUACGAGCAGCCCAAGCCCAUCAGAGUCUGCGACCUGUGCUUCGAGGUGCUGUCCAUGGGGGCCAUGUCUCCUUAGAGA